UAUUGGCUAAUGGAAACUAAUCGACGUAGACGUGCAGCCAAUCGCAAGAGCCCGACGCAAGCGCACGCCCAAACGGCCUUUGUUCCCGUCUCCACUUCCGCUUUGCGCUGUUUGGCGCAAUGUGCUGCACGGGGAAGUGCGCCCGCUUGGUGGGGCUGAUCCUGCUGCCGUCGGCCUUGGUCUGCGUGACCGCCAACCUGCUGCUCUUCUUCCCCGAUGGCCAAAGUCUGGAAAACGAUCAGAUCUCGCUGCAGGUGUGGCUGAUGGGGGGCCUCGUCGGAGGAGGCCUCAUUAUGCUGUGCCCGAGCUGCUCCGCUAUCAGGGCCGGGGGCAAGGGUUGCUGCGGAAAGGGUUGCUGUGGCAACCGUUGCCGGAUGCUGAACUCGGUGUUCUCGUCGGCUUUCGGUCUGGCGGGCGCCAUCUACUGCGCCGGCGUGGCCUCGGCCGGCCUGGCCGUCGGACCCAAGUGCCGCGUGGCGGGUGACGUCUGGACGUACCCCUUCGAGAAGCUGGGAACGGGCGGCGAGAGCUACCUGGUGAACCGGACCUUGUGGGACGUCUGCGAGUACCCCCGCAACGCGGUGAUGUGGCACGUGGUUCUCUUCUCCGUCCUGCUGUCGGCGGGGGUGCUGCAGCUGGCGCUGUGCGGGGUCCAGGUGGCCAACGGCUGCCUGGGGUGCAUCUGCGGGGACUGUCGAGACGGCAAGGAGGUCGGCGGCGUCCCGCCCGACGGCCGACGGGCUUUUCCAACGCCGGCUAACUCUCCCUCUCCGUCGCAGGACGAAAGCGGCUUGUGAAACGGGCCGCGGCGGAAUUGUCCCGCGCAGACCAGACCGGGUUUUCUUCACCGCCGCCGCCACCGCCAAAGAAACUUCCGCUGAGAUCUUCGUAUCGCCUGAAACGCACCAAGACGUGAUCCUUCGUCAAUUCCAGAUUGUGCACCCAGCAAAUGUUUUAUGUAGUCAUGACCAGUCAUAGAUUAGAUUUUUUUUUUU